UCUAAACCCUCGACUCAACGUUGCCUAACAUGUCAGAAAAUCAGACGCCUGUCGUGAUGUUUUCAUGGCGGGUGCCGAAGUUCCCUCGCUCUCCCUCACGGGCGAUGAAUCCGAUGAGUCUUCGGUCGACGAGGACGAGAACAUGUCAUCCGAGAACGACUAUAACUCUUGUGAGGGUGAAGAAGACACUGAAAUGGCGAAUGCUGAACCUAACCCGCAUUCCGAAGAAGUCGAAGUGUCUAAUCGAUUUAAAGAGCUUGGCGAGGCUGUCAUCCUGGCAUUUCCAAAUACCGUCGAAUAUGAGGACGAUGAAACCAAAGACAUCUUUGACGACGGCUUGGACGAUGACGACGAUUCCUCAUCAGAUAGCGAUGUUAGCACGAUAUACGAAGAACUGAGCGAGCCUGAUGCAAUGGUUCAAGUUGUGAAAAUUCCUGCGUCUUCUCUAUUGCAAGAUGACGAUGAAGAUGAACAUGAUGACGACGACGAAGAAAGGUUGGCGAGCAAUGUUCCCGAUGAUAUAUACGAGACCGAACAAGAUUGGACCGAGGGAGAGACUGAGGAGUCCACCUCCAACGCUGGCAUAGUUCAGCCAGAAACCUCCACAGCACCUUUGAAUCGCGUAUUGCUGUUCGCUGAUAUCGAAAACCACCGCUACAAUGAACUGAGCAGAGAAAAGUUAAUCGAAAAUGUCAAUACUUGGAAGUGGUCAGUAUUGGAAUUGGAGGAGAUGAAGAAGCGCAUCGAACAGCAACUAAUAGCGGCCGAAGCAAAAGUUGAAGAGGCAAUAGUUGAUAUGAACGAGAAAGAGGAAGAAUUUUCUUCAAUACUAACAAAAUCUGGCAUCUCUCAAGAACUCUACAAGGCUUACGAAGCUUUCUGCACUUCUUUGGAUCCAGAGUUCGGACAGCGAGGAGGAUUCUCCAUUACUUGCUCGUCUAACCACGGAAAUUGCUACACCAAAUACGAUCCGGAAUUUGCCCUUUUUAAAGAGCACAUUGAAACUCCUUACGAUCAUUACAACUUUCGAUGUGGAGCCUCAGUGUUCAAGCACAAUGCGCGAUCUCACACAAGUGGCGGCAUAAUCAUAUGUGAUGAACCUACCGCUACGUGUAAAAAAUUGCACGAUCCGGGAGAAUACGUUGUGGAGUUCUGGCCCAUCAAAUGUCCUGAGCCUGUAACGGGCAUUGAGUCAACCUGGGGCGAGCAAUAUCCUGAGCUUUACAGUCUUGCCAAUGCUGCUGUUCGUGCAGGCUCCGAAGCCGCAAUGGACAUGCUCGUAUGCCUACCAGAUAUGAAUGCUACAUUUAAUGGAGGCUGGAUGUUUGACUACACGUACGAGGAUUCACUGAAAGAUUCUCCAAUCAUCGGGAAGCGGUGGAGGUUCAGAAGUGUGCACAAAAUCGACAGACCCUGCUCUACGAAGGAGAAAUGCCAAAGACUGGAAUUAGCUUUGAGGCCCGAGAAUGUCCGUCCAACUGAAGGAACACUCUGA